AUGACUUAUGCAGCAGAAACAACAUCAGAAACAUGUAGAACCAAAACUAACAAACGCACUGCAGAAAUGGCGAUUCUACGUAAUAUUAAUGGCUCUACAUUGCGAGAUCGUGUCCGCAGUUCUGAUAUAAGGAAAUCUUUAGAAAUCCAAGAUGUGGUUAGAUGGGUGAGGGAAAGAAGACGUGCUUGGAACGAUCAUAUAUCUAGAAUUGAUACCAGCAGGAUCGUAAAAAUAUCCAAAGAAGGAAUACCGGGCACCAACAGACCUCCAGGACGACCGCCCAAAAGGUGGAUGGAUAGCUGGACUUCUACCUCACAGGAGGCUAAUUAG